AUGGCCUUUUUAAGCAGUGAUAAUAAAGACAUAGCUCAGCCCAUGGAACUUUCUCUUUUUGCGUCUCCAACGAAUCAGGUAGCCGUCGAAAAAGUGUAUUUUACAGAAGCAAGACCGAUUUCUAGCAUAGGAGUGUCUGAUACACCCAUCGAAAUCGUGGUAUCUGGUUCGGGAGCAGAAUACGUUGAUUUAAAGAGAAGUAAAUUGUACGUAAAAGCCCGAAUUUUGAAAGCAGAUGGAACGCCUUUGACCAGUAAUGAAAAAACAGGCAUUGUAAAUUUACCCCUUCAGAGUAUGUUCUCCCAGAUGGAUGUCUACUUGAACAACAAAUUAGUUUCUUUCAAUACGAACAACUAUCCGUGGAAGGCUUAUUUCAAGACAAUUUUGUUCAGUGGGAAAGAUGAACUCAAUUCACAGAAACAAUCAGAACUGUUCUUCAAAGACGAUGGAAAUCUCGGUGACGCCAAUGCAUACAAUGGAGGGAAUGCUGGACUGGUCCUGCGAUAUGGAUACACACAGCUAAGUGCAGUCUUUGAGUUGGAAGGAAACCUGAUGGAAGACAUAUUUGAUAUAGAUAAAUAUCUGAUAAACGGGGUAGACAUUUACAUCAAACUUUUUAGAUCCAGUGCCCCGUUUGUCAUCAUGUCUGCUGAAUCUUCACCGGCUUACAAAUUAGAGUUACUGGACGUCGUGUACAAAGUGGCCAAGGUGCGAGUAGAUCCUGGCGUUCUGUUGAACCACAGUAAACAGAUAGAAGCAACCCCUGUGAAGUAUACCAUUAUGCGAAAUGAAUUGAAAAUGAAUACUAUCCCUAGAGGAUCCACAGAGUUUUACUGGGACAACAUUUUUCCUCAGGCGGUCCCUGAUCGCAUUGUGGUAGCUUUGGUGGACCAGAAAGCCGUCAAUGGGGAUUACACGGCCAAUCCCUUUAACUUUGAGCAUAUGGGAUUAACUGACAUCGGGGUAUACGUCAACGGCGAAAGCGUACCCGGUAGACCACUGAAAACAGACUUUUCAACGAAACUGUAUUCAACAGCUUACGCUCGUUUAUUUGAAGCCUCUGGAAAAUGGAACAAUGACGCCGGACUGAUCAUCACUCGCGAUAAUUUUGGAAGUGGAUAUUCGCUAUUUGUUUUUACCAUAGAUCCUUGUGGAUUUGGAGAAGAGUAUUUAAAUCUGAUUCGUCGGGGAAACACCAGAUUGGAACUGAAAUUCAAACAAGCAACAACUAAAGCUGCGAAUGUAAUUGUAUUUGCUACCUUUUCAUCUCUACUGGAAGUCGACAAAUCACGUGACAUCAACUACAUUCAGCCAUGA